AUGGCAUCACAUAUUCUCACUUGCGUUCGCUCUGAGCCGCUUAUUGUCUUCCAGUUAUGCUCACUGCUGGAUGAAAAUUUGUUGAAACACCGUUUAUGCCGCAGCGGUGCUAUCGGAUUACCACGCUCACUUACCUGUCUCAGCCAUCGUUGGAGCGAUCUGGGGAACGUGUUGGACGCGUGUUGGACGAGCUCCGCCGUUGUUGCAUUGAUUGCAGACGAUUUCAUGCUGGGCCUCUUGAAAGCUUGUGGUCACUGUUGGAUGGUCCAGGUAUCGGAUACCUACUACUGGCUGGAGGAGAUCAACACCCGUUCGUCGAUAGAAGGCCUCGUUAUAAGUGUCGACUCUGGAGGAAUGUUAUCGGAAUAG